AUGGCUGAUUUUAUCUCAAACUUCUCAAAAUUAUCAAUUACUGACAUUCCAUCGAAAUUGAGUUCAAUCAAAUUUCCUGAAUUGAAUAAGGAACAAAAUGCAUUAGCAUCUCAAUUCGAAACUUUAUCAGACAGAUUAGAUGAAAAACAUACAAUUUCAAAAAUUAAUGAUUCGUUAAGGAACAAAACCUUUUUGGUCGGAUCGGUGCCAUCAAAGAGUGACUUACUUGUUUUUGAGAAAUUAUUUCCACAAACAUCAACUUUAACAUCCAGUAAAGAUAAUUUAGCUAAGUACAGACAUGUAUUAAGAUGGAUUGAUCUCAUACAAAAUACCUUGGUGAAUGUACCUGAUCCGCUUAAGAUAGAUCAUGAUGUUGAAAUCCCAAGAGAAGUCAAAGAAAAGAAAAAACCUACUCCUACAGCAACUGCUUCAGCUACCGAGAAAUCAGAUAAAAAAGUAGAAUCAAAAGAAAAUGGGAAAGCAGACAAGAAAUCAAAUAAUAACGAAAAACCUUUUACGGAGUUGAGUGAAGAAGAAAAAAAAGCAAGAAUGGAAGCUAAAGAAGCUAAAAAGGCGGCAAAAGCUAAAAUUAAUGCUGAAAAGGAAAAACAAAAACAACAAGAAAAAGCUGCAUCAGCUGCUCCACCAACACCAACAAUGAUAGAUUUGAGAGUAGGAUUUAUUGAAAAAGCUGUCAGACAUCCAGAUGCUGAUUCAUUAUACAUGUCAACUAUACACAUGGGAGAUGAAGAAGGUCCAAGAACUGUUUGUUCAGGAUUAGUUAAUUUUAUCCCAAUUGAAGAAAUGCAACAAAGAUAUGUUGUAGUUGUUGCUAAUUUAAAACCAGUAACCAUGAGAGGAGUAAAAUCAAGUGCGAUGGUGUUAUGUGCUUCCGAAGAAGGAAAAGUUGAAUUUGUUAAUCCUCCACCAAAUUCAAAAGCUGGUGAUAAAAUCUUUUUUGAAACUUAUAAAGGUGUACCAGAAAAACAAUUAAACCCAAAAAAGAAAAUUUGGGAAGCAGUUCAACCGAAAUUUUCAACCACUGAUAAUUUCGAAAUAACAUAUACUGCUGAAGGUAAGGAACCGGUUUAUUUAGUUAAUGAAAAAGGAGAAAAAUGUAAAAAUUCUACUAUUGUUGGUGCUAAAGUAAACUAG